UGUCACUCGAACUGAAUUCCAAUGUUAAUGACCAAAUGCAUAUGAGUUGUCUGCUUGCGUACGCGGGCCCUAGCAAACCGCGUUGGUUGGUUUACUGCACCGUGUUGAUUUGUCUCAGGAUCUUUUCUGCGCUUCGGACAUCCCACGCUGUGAAUAUUCCUUGCCAGGUUAUGCUCACCACUGGCCCUCGCCUUCCGUAUGGACUCCAGCACACCAUUCCUCCACGACCUUUGUGCUCCUCUUCAAGUCCCAAACUCGAAAUGACCCAUUCCAUUUACAGAUGAUAUAAUACUUCGCUGUCCAUUGUGCAGGUGUAAGAUGUAGGUGCUGGAUACCCCAUGAUUUUUGUUCCGGAAUUCACUCAAUGGAUUCCAGAUGUACUCGGUGGAACGAAAACUGCGACGGUGUGCCCACUUCCUUCAUCUGCAUUAACCCCCGCCAUUGCGGUCCUACAAUCCCGCAAGCCUGCAUAGGCCAAUAUCUUCGUGUAUAUCCCCUCGCA